ACAAGCACCCUCUUUCUCUGCUAAGGCUCUCCAAAAACUCUUUGGGAAACCCUUAAACCUCUCCCCCCAUAAGAAAAGCAAUGGCCAAGGGCAGCAACAAGCUAACCAAGCUCUUAUCGGUUCUAAAGAAGCUUAAUUCAUUCAACAGCAAGCAAAGCCGCACCCCCACGUCAACCGCCGCGGUGGCGGCUUCCGAUAUCAUCUACAACGAAGAAAGCUCUGCCGAUCUCCACCCUGUCUACGUUGGGAAAUCCCGGAGGCGGUACCUUAUUAGCUCCGACAUUAUCGACAACCCUUUGUUCCGUGAGCUCGCGGAACGGUCCGGUGAAGACGAUGACGCCGUCAUCAACGUGUCGUGCGAGGUGGUUUUGUUCGAACACUUGCUUUGGAUGCUCGAAAAUGCUGAUCCUCAACCCGAGUCUUUGGAAGAGCUGGUUGAGUUUUACGCUUGUUGAUGGUACGGAACGUAAUUCGUAAGUUGUACAUUGAUCAUGUAAUAAUAAAAUGAAAUUUAUAGGCGAUGUUAGAAGACAACAGAUGUGUUAGUUUCAACGGCGAGGAUUUAACCGAGUUCUCGCCGGCAGCCUGGUGGUGGUGGGGGAGAUGACAUUUUGUGUAUCAUUGUUGUUUCAUUGUCGUUUAAUCAUGUUUCUUCUUUCUGAUUUAUACAA